UACCUGUUUGAGGAGAUCGCCAAGAUCUCCCACGAGUCGCCCGGCAGCAGCCAGUGCCUGCUGGAGUAUCUCCUCAACCGGCUGCAGAGCAACUCCUGCCAUGUCAAGCUGAAGGUGCUGAAGAUCCUGCUGCACACGUGCACCCAGGGGUCCCCCCAGUUUGUCAUGCAGCUGAAGAGGAAUGCCUGCUUCAUCCGGGAGGCGGCAGUGUUUGCCGGGCCCCCAGACCCCCUCCACGGCAACAGCUUGAACCAGAAGGUCCGGGCGGCCGCGCAGGACUUGGCUAGCGUUAUCUUUUCGGAUGCGCCACUCCCCCAGCCUGCCGCGCUGCCUGCCCGUCCCCUGCCUCCUGCGGGCAUGGGCUCCAGCCCCAGCCCCUGCGGCUCCCUGCAAGGAUUUGGCUUCAGCAGUGAGAAAAGCAGCUCCGCUUCGACGGGCGAAGCUCUGCUCAGCACCAUCCAGCGAGCGGCCGAAGCGGUGGCCCACGCUGUGCUCCCCUCCCUGGAGGGGCCCCGGCCUCGCCGCGGGGAGCUCCACGAGGAUGCCUACGAGCCCGUGAGAGCCCCCUCGCCCGCCAGGAGCCUGGCCGGGGCUGUGAAGCCACCAGCAGCCACCUCAGCGCACAGCACCCGAGGGAGCCACCAGCCGGGGCUGGCCGGGGGUGGCUGGGAGGAGGCGGACAGCGGACACAGCUCCCAGGACUCCUCGCAGGGCAACGGCGAGUUGAGCCGCACCUCGGACACCUGCAGCAAAUCGGGCAGCGACAGCCACUCUGGGGCCAGCCGGGAGCUGGCCCACGUGGCCGAGAGGGUGGACGCUGACAGCCUGGGCGACUGCGUGCGGGAGGUGAGCCUGGUGUCGGCACUGACCCGUGGUGCCAGGGUCUUCCUCACCAGGGAGGAAGCACAGCACUUCGUCAAGGAGUAAGGGCUGCUGAAG